UUUCCGGGCUUUACCACCCUCUAGAAGCAUAUGUAAUUGGGCCGGGUCGGUCUGGACCGGUCCAGUUCUGGGUGCGCGGUCGAGUCGCCAAGAUGGCCCGGGACAAACCAUUAACGCCAUGGAUUUCGAGAUCCAAGAACUCGCAGGCGAACCCGUAACCGGUUACAGAUUCUCAAUUCGCGCCCGCGGCCGCGACGACCUCAUCGGAGGAGAAGAGAGCGGAUUCGACCAGCUUGGAGAACCCUAGCGAAAAUGGUGGCGAUUUCUCUGUACAGAGGGAACCUCCACCGGGUGCCCGACCUCCCUCGCCGAUGGCUCAUGCCGAAUCGCAACCUCUCCCCCAGGGACUUCAAGGCCCUCCUCCACCGCCGCUCUCGAGCCCUCUCUCGCGUCCCCUCCGCGUCAAUCCCUCCGGCUCCUGACGUUGGUUCCGGUCCCGACAUCCUCAACGGCGGUCUGCCUCCGCCCGAGCCUGAAGUAGAGAAAGGAAGGGUCGAGGUUUGCGGCGAAGGGACUUCGAAGGGUGUUGUCGCCUUGGAGGUGAAGGAAGAGGUUAUUGAUCAUAGAGAAGCCAUCGACGGUACGAAUCUUUCGACGGAAGCGAAACCUGAUUGGGUGGGCAAGUCCGUCGAUGGCGGUGGAGGUGGAGGUGUUCAAGUCUCGCCUGCCGAGAAGGAGGAGGAGCCGGUUAAGAAUGCGAUGCAGGCUGCGGAUAAAGUCGAUGCGUCAACCGACAGAGAGAAAAGGAAGAAGGAUGUUGAGGAUAAGUUGCAACUUUUGAAUGCCAAGAAACAUAGUUUAGUGCAAGUUCUGAAGCAUAUCUUGAAUGCAGAAGAGGAAUUGAAGAGGAGGAGCAGCAUGCAAGGAAUGGCUGUUCGGCCAUCAGUUCCACUUCAUGUGGAUGUUAUGAAUGACUCUGGUUCAAUGACCAGACUUAAUACUCCUAGAAUGGGCUACGAGGCCCAUCUUGUCGGUGAUCCAGAAGGGGGAGAAGCAGACGAUGCCUCAAACCAUAUAAUGCCUUCUCGGCCUAUGCAUCGCAUGAGCAGUGUGUCGCCAUCUUCGGAGUCCCCUCUUAGAAGGCCUGCCUUGUCGCAGCACAAUACGGUUCCACAUCCCUCACGAUCAAGCUUAGCCGUCGGUGGUAGUCCAUCCCGCUUUGCUCCUCCAGCUCUCCAAGCUCACCUAGCAAAUCAUCCUGCAGUUUCUGUCUCGGGAACAAAUUACGUCGCCUCCUCUCCAUCGCCAGCAGCAUCUGGCGGCACUUCGGUUUUCAAGGAUGCUCGACUACCUAGUCCAUGGAAUUAGAAAUUACGAGCUUUGCUAGAUGCAUUGGGCUCUAUUUAUUGUUCUUUCCAUUCAUUGUGUAUAUUGGUAAUUGGCUAUAUCCACCAAGGACCUGGAGCCGAUUUCGUAGUGUAGUUUAGGGGAUUCCUCCAAAUUAGUGGGGGAAUGAUAGUCUGUAGUCUUCUUGAUUUGCUUACUCGAUUGGACCUUUAUUGACUUGUUGCUGACCUGAUUGAGCAAGUGUUGAAAGAUGAUCAGAUCUGGUGAAAUGUUAAAGAGCUUUAAUAUCUAUAUUGGCGGCGUGGAACCCGUGUUUAUGAUUGUAUUUGUCAACUGACGCUAGUUGCUUGGUUGUCAGGUAACUCGCUUUGGCGCGUCGAGAGGUGACUGCUGUGGUGUUUGGUUGUUCCCAAGGGCUUCCAGUUUGUCAAAUCUGUAUAUUUCUUCAGCCUUGGGUAGGGAAACAUUUCUUACUUAUCAGGAUAGCUGAAGAUUCAUAGAUUUCUUGUUUAUCAUGAGUAUUGAACCACGUUCCUUUGUAAAAAAUUUCGGUCGGGAAUUCGAGAAAGCCUUCUGGAUGAAGCUUUUUAGGUCCAUGCUUCCAGAUUAUAUGCUCGUGAUUGUGCUUGCAGAUGAGGUCAGAGAGUUAAAAACCUGUGCCCUUCUGCAUGGACUGAUAAUUUUCCGAGCAGCUCGAGUGACUCGAUCACUGGCUGCGGCGCAACUGCUUAUUGAGAUGUGGUGAGUUAAGUCGGAUUUGUUCUCUCCCUCUCUACUGAACUGCAUUUUCUCUGCAAAUGAGACUGCUUGGCUUUCCCUU